AUGGGAAGUUGCGUUUGCACACCGGCCAAAGCAGGCUUGCUACACAGAAAACACAGAGAUCAGCUGGUCAAGCCCAUACCUGCUUACGUCGACUCGCCGAGCCACCACCGUGGGAGCCACAAGGUGCUUGACAAGACCGACGGAGACAACAUCUUCAACAAGUACAGGUUAGGCAAGGAGUUGGGGCGUGGGGAGUUUGGUAUCACGCACCAAUGCGUGGACUCCAAGACCGGCGAGACCUUUGCUUGCAAGAUGAUAUCCAAGAGUAAGUUGAAGACGGAGAUUGACAUCGAAGACGUGAGGAGGGAGGCCGAGAUCAUGAAGCGUUUGCCUAACCACCCCAAUAUUGUCACCUUCAAGGAGGCUUAUGAGGACAAGGAUGCAGUUUAUCUUGUCAUGGAGCUCUGCGAGGGUGGUGAGCUUUUCGAUAGGAUCGUCACCAAAGGCCAUUACACAGAGCGCGCCGCCGCUCAUGUUACCAAGACAAUUCUUGAGGUCUGCAAGGUUUGCCACGAGAAUGGAGUGAUUCAUCGAGACCUGAAACCCGAGAAUUUCCUUUUUGCAGAUAGUAGUGAAAAUGCACAGUUAAAGGCAAUUGAUUUUGGCCUUUCUGUAAUUUUUGAACCAGGUCAGAGAUUUUCUGAAAUUGUUGGAAGUCCAUAUUACAUGGCUCCGGAGGUUCUGCGACGGAAUUAUGGGCAUGAAGUUGAUGUUUGGAGCGCAGGAGUUAUCCUCUAUAUCCUACUUUGUGGAGUUCCUCCAUUUNUUCCAGAAACUGAAGAAGGAAUUGCACAGGCUAUUAUUCGGGGUAAAAUUGAUUUUCAGAAGGAUACAUGGCAAAAGGUUUCUGAGGAAGCAAAAUUAUUAGUGAAGAAUAUGCUGGACCCGAAUCCUUACAACAGACUCACAGUUGAAGAAGUCCUUGAUCAUCCCUGGAUACGAAAUGCAAAUGAAGUUUCGGAUGUUCCGCUGGGAGAAAAUGUCGGAUUAAGGAUCAAGCAGUUCACAUUGAUGAACAAGUUUAAGAAGAAAGUUCUGAGAGUGGUCGCAGACAACUUGCCAGAUGAACAAAUAGAAGGAAUCAGACAGAUAUUUAACAUGAUGGACACGGAUAACAAUGGAGACUUAACUUUUGAAGAGCUUAGAGAUGGUCUUCUCAAGAUUGGGCACCAAGUCACUGAUCCUGAUGUGCAUAUGUUAAUUGAUGCUGCGGAUGUCGAUGGAAGUGGCACACUGAACUGUGACGAGUUCGUUAUGGUGUCUGUUCACUUGAAAAAGAUAAGCAGUGACGAACUUCUUGCGCAAGCUUUUAGCUAUUUUGAUAAGAACAACAGCAACUAUAUUGAGUUUGAUGAGUUAAAAGAAGCAUUGCUGGAUGAUCAACUGGGGCCAGCUAAUGAGCAGGUGAUACAAGACAUCAUAUUUGACGUGGACUUGGACAAGGACGGGCGAAUCAGUUAUGAGGAGUUUAAAGCAAUGAUGAAAACUGGUAUGGAUUGGAAAAUGGCUUCUCGUCAAUAUUCAAGAGCAAUGCUAAACGUACUUAGCCGAAAAUUGUUAAAAGACAAAUCGAUCCAAGUGAAUUAA